CGCGUGUCACUGGGGCGCGGUGCCUAGGCACGUUCUCCCGUCCCUCGUGUUGACUGGCACGUCACGCGCGAGCUGCCGGCAGGAGCGAGUCACAGUCGGACACCCUGAAACUUGCUCUGCCCUACAUACCCGGGGUCCCGAUGGCCAACACCGACCUGACACACCAGCGGUUUCUUCCGUCGGCAAGGGAAGCCAUGUCCUCCUCCUGCCGGGCCAUUCGGGACGCGUUUGCUCCCGCACUGAGCGGCUGUGAUUGGUGUGCUGACAGUAGAUGAAGGUGGUGAAAGUCCUUUGAUAUUUCCAUUCUUCGAGCUGCAAAAUACAUGGCGUGGUGCAGCGGCUCCGCGGCAGCGUGCUUCGCGCUGGUGCUCCUCGGAGCACUGGGCUACUCCUCCGUGCUUGCGUGCUCCUGCAUGCUGGAGCACUCGCAGACUCACGCCUGCACCGCGGACUUUGUGAUCGUGGCGAGAGUGAAGAAAGUCUUCAUGUCCGACCACACCAAGAUAUACAAAGUGAAAGUGAAGAAAGAAUUCAAGAUGCAGGAAAAGGCGCGGGCGGCGCUGAAGGCGGGUAAGCUGGCGACAGCAGCCGGCUCGUCCAUGUGCGGGCUGGACCUGAAGCGCGACGAGACGUAUCUGGUGACAGGGCGCGUGGUGGCCGGCCAGGCGCGCGUCUCUCUAUGUGGCUACACACGGCCCUGGAAGGAGCUCACCGCCCGCCAGCGCAAGGGCUUCCGCCUGCUCUACCGCCAGGGCUGCUCUUGCCAGAUCGUGCACUGCCCGUGGUGGCGCGACUGCAGCAACGCCACGCUGAGCGGCGACUCUGGGGCGCUCGGCGACGCCUGCCGCUGGGAGACCAGCAUGCUGUCCGACCACACGCUGCCCGACUGCCAGGAGCAGCACGCCGUGUGCCUGCGCACCGCCUCGGGCGCCUGCGCCUGGGCCGCCGACAAGCACUACAAGGGCUGCAUGAAGACGCGGCGCCGAAUACGCGACGAGCAGCUCUCCCGCGAGCCUUGAUCGCCAGGACACUCGCCCUGGCCGCCAGGCAACUCGCCCUGACGCCAGGCCACUAGCACUGACCGCCAGGCCACUAGCACUGACCGCCAGGCAACUAACCCUGGCCGCCAGGCAACUAACCCUGGCCGCCAGGCAACUCGCCCUGGCCGCCAGGCAACUCGCCCUGACCGCCAGGCAACUCGCCCUGACCGCCAGGCAACUCGCCCUGACCGCCAGGACACUCGCCCUGGCCGCCAGGACACUCGCCCUGGCCGGCAGGACACUCGCCCUGACCGCCAGGCAACUCGCCCUGACCGCCAGGACACUCGCCCUGGCCGCCAGGCAACUCGCCCUGACCGCCAGGCAACUCGCCCUGACCGCCAGGACACUCGCCCUGGCCGCCAGGACACUCGCCCCCGGCUGUGGCGUGCCCAGACGUUCUCCUGCAACCUCGUUCAUACUGCCUCCACGUUACACGCAAAAUGCAUAGUUUCAGAUAUACGUUCCUGCGACGUUUCAGGAAUAAUUUUUAAAAAACUGUCUACAACAUUGCAGAAACAUUUCAUCGAAACCUUUCUAAAACAAUUUAUUAAGACCUUUCUGAUACAUUUUAUAAAUACAUGUCUGAUACAAUGUAUGGAAAUAUUCCUGCAAUAUUGUUUGCAAGUGGUUCACUAAUAUUUCAUGAUUCUUAUUUUGUAAUGUUUUCCCCCAUGCAAUGGAAAAGUGUUUUUAAAAGUUUGUGUUUUACCUACUGAAAACGUGCAGUAAAAAAAAGCUGAUUUACUUAGUCUCUCACUGAUUUAAACGCAGAUUUAAGUUUUUCAGUGGUAUUAAUUGCCGUGGUUUUGGUGCAGUUUAACUGAAUAAAUAACCUUAACUGGUUGGUGGUCCAUUUAUCUCGAUUUUUUAUCUUUCUCUAUUUCUGUUUCCCUAGCGAAGUACAGCGUGUGUUAUUAUGCGUGUCUCGCCGUGUCUCGCUGUGAAUAUGUACGGCAUCUUGCCGCUAAAUAUUUAUAAACCGCGAAUGUGUUUUUUUAUCACCUCAUUACUCGCACUCUGCAGAUCUGAAUACGACUCAGCAGCUUAAUUUAAAAGUUUACGUUAGUUAAGCACUGAUAGGCUUGAGUCGUGGCGAAUGUAUUCGAACUGCUAUCGUCGUGAUUCUCAUAAAUGCAUGAUAAAUCUGAAUACGACAAGCAAACAUGGGCAGUAGAUUCGUCGCGAAAAAUAGAAGUUGAAAAAAUACUACUAAUGGUCUGAAGUUCUUCCCGAAGUUGCAAAUAAUACAUAAACUAAUUUAGAUGAAACUCUAUGCUUGUGGAUAGCGUUUAUUUGAACAUUUUGUGUGACCUUCGCUCCACCGUGUUCGGGAACCGCUGGUUCCGAACUGAGAGCGAGAGCCUGGCAGGCAUGCAACACGCACAGCACCCAGGAUGCUAGAGCUGCCUCACAUAAGGGGCAUUGCUAGUUAGGGAGGGACACGCGUGCGAAGGUGUUUUACAGAAAACAUUUAAUUAAUAAUUAAAGUUAGUUUGAACUUGUGGAUUAAUAAUCUACCUUUAAAAACCGCAGGACAUUUCCGCGUCAUAUAAAUGUAUUGAAUGUAAUGGCUAGUGUAACUCCCGAUUAUUUCAAUGAAAUAAUUUUACGACAGCGAAAAGUUUUGCGGUGGUUAUCAAAAUUUGUUCAAGAACAACAAGACGCUCAGAGAUUCGUCUUAGAUACUUUCUGUUUUAAUUGCAAUAAACCAUUUGUUCAGCUCCAAGUUCAAGUGUGUAUUUCAGCCUCGGGAGCAACUUUAGACAUUAUUCGUGUAUUUUUCCAACGAACCUGCAGCGGAAGAUGCUCGGUGGAACUCAGAAACAGCCUUUAUCAGUCGUAGCAUGUUGAGUUCAGCCAUUACUCUUUACGUGAUAUUAACGUGCUAGCAUGGUUGUGUAAAUAAGCAAGUGCACAAGUACACUAGGCAAUAUCCAUGAGAUGUCAGUGUUCUAAAAACAAUUUUAUUAGGCGUAAGAAAAUUUAUUUUAUGUACUCCUUAGCACGAGGUCAUAAAUAUAACAGCAGGACAACGCAAAAGAAUUUGUAAUAUAGACAUAAAUUUAUAAAAAUAGAAGAUCUGAUCGUACAUAACAAGGUACAUUACUGCAAACAAGCGCAAGAUAAAUAAAUACCUUACGGAAAAUUAUUCAAGGUACAAUUAAAAGAACCCAAUUAAUUAAAUGACCCCAAACCAGCGACUUAAUAACCCGGGUAAAGAAUAAAAAAAACAAUAGCGUAAUCUGGUUACAUAGUAGUACUAAACACAUGUGACACAAUAAGUGUAAAACAACGAACAACAAAGCACUUGACCGAUACAGCGUGAGCACGAAAAACAUUGUUUUUUAAUAUCGUGGGAAAUAUAAUCAUAAAUUUUGAAGUUAAAAAUGCGAAAGGUUAUUCUACAUUGUCCCCUUAUUCUUAGCUAAGGAGGGGGGGGGGGGAAUUAACCCACCCUCUCCUUGAUGUCGUCACUGAUACACAGCGCAGUCCAUGUCCGUCCAUGUGUUUCCUGAUUUAUUCUCACCGAGUAUCCUUGGCACAAAGUACGCUAGUAUUCUUACCAGGUAUCCUAUUCGCGUGAACUUCACUGCCUGCAGAAAGCUAGUUGUACACGACUCACUGAAACUGCAGUACAAACCACGACAGAUUUCAGUUUUUAGUCAGCAAGGGACUGAACAGCUUAUGUGAGUAGUAUCCUAGAUUGUCUUGCUUUUGUAAUAUUGUGUUACAGACCACGUUGUAAUAAGGUUUGUUUUGUUUUAUUCUAAAAAAAAAAUUGUUUCAUAAUUUCAAUAUGAAUUUAUUUAAAGGUUUUAAGAAAGAUAAAGACAACUUUAUUUUUCAACCCAAGCAUGAAUUGGGAGCACAUAAAAACACUAAUUUUUUUAUUAACCGUCCGUAAAUAGUCAUUGUUGUUUAACUCUUUAACAAUAGGCUAUCAAUAGUAAAUAUAUAAACACUUCAUUUUUUCCACAAAUACAUUAUUAAAAAAAAAACGUAAUUCAAAAAAUUUGUGAAAACUUUUUUUUUUAUAUUUAUGAAAGACAUCCAUAACCUAAAGAGUUUGAUGACAAAGACUACACAGAAACGGGAAAUUCAAAAAUUUAAAAACCUGAUUACGUUUUCUUAUUUUGUGCUGGGAUUGAAACAUAAAUUGCCUGUUAAUGGUUUUAAAAACGUUAAAUAAUUACUAUUUUUAUGAACAAAAUAUUUUAUAUUCUAUAAACCCUGGUUUUAUUAUUUUUAAUUAAAUUAUUAUAAUGGGGAAACAAGACAGAAUAAUAAAAGAAAAAUGAGUUACAUCGAACGUUCGUAAACGUCACAAUAUGAGACCUGUGACAGUUACAUGCAAUGACCUUUGUUCGUGGUAGGUCAACGAACUCUCGCUGACGCAUACAGCGACGAUGCGUCAGGAAAUCCAACUAUUUCGGUCACUCUUUGUUCGGCACGUCGCAGCUACAAAUGUGUACAAAUAACUGGACACCCUGUGAUUUCUUGGCAUGUUCACCCCUCAGGCAAGGCUGCACUAUCCUGUGGAGCGUCGGUAGUUGGUCAGUUUACCAUUGGCUCUCACUGCUAGGAGUCGCUUUGGCUUCUAACAUACAGUAGUAGGCCUAUGUCCUUAAAGAAAUACCCCAGUUAUACAUUGUAAUAGUAUCAACUGUAAGCGUUGUAGAGUGUUGUUUCAAGGUCACAAUCAAAGAGUAACUAAAACAGUGAUAGAAAAGGGCAUGUUGUUUUCUCACUUGCAGCACCACCCACGCAAAAUGGUGACUCUUGAGCGCAAAGCGUUCUGUGCUGCAAUUUGCUAAGAGUGAAUAUGUAAUUUCAGUUCAACGUGCGUUUAGUUUAAAGUUUAAUUGUGAUCCUCCAGCAAAAUAAUCCGCCAAUGGUAUAGGCAAUUCGAGACGACAUAGCUUUUUUUUUUUUUCUUUGCUGGCCUCCACGUUCACCUGAUAUAACAUAUUGCGAUUUUUUUCCUUUGGAGGUUUAUAAAAGAUCGUGUCUAUGUUCCGCCGCUACCUAAUGAUUUGCCAGAGUUGAGAUUCAGAAUUGAAGACUUAUUAACCAAAGUGUGAGAAGAAUGUGACUUCAUUUGGGAUGUUUGCCGUACUACUAAAGGUGCAUUUAUUGAACAUUUGCAACAUUUAUAAGAGUUUGAUGAAUGAUUUGUUGUAAAUAGUCUAAAUUAAACUUUUAUAAUAUACCCAUUGAAACUGGGACAUUAUUUCAUGGACAUCCUGGGGCGUGUCAGAUACCAAUGGUCCAAUCAGACUCAAAGAAUAAAUGAAAAACUGUUUGAGUUCAGCCUGCUAGUAAGAUAUUACUCUAAAUGAUAGGGUGUCCACAAAUAACUUAUUUAUUGUAAAUAAACAGAAUGGUACCUAUUUCUCGUGUGUGUUUUGUCAAGCAUGGCAAUUUUAGGGUUAAUAUUAAUUUUAGGGUGUACAAAAACUUUUCCUUUUAACUUGGGUAUUAUUUUUUAGUGCAAGAAUUUUCUUUGAAAUUUCUUUUGUGAAUGAAUAACAAUUGCCGACCACGGCUUUUAGAUCUGAAUGUAAUUUUAGUUUUGUAGUUUUAGAACACACGGGUUCUUUGUAAUACAUUAUAUUUAAGAGUUUUAACUUGGAAUUAUCAUUUUGUUCUAACUUCAACUCACUUUCCAAAAAUGUAACAUCUUUAGUCACUGUGUGACUUCGUCAGGCAACAUGUAUUCUAGUUUCUAACUUAGUUUACUUUUGUAUGUUACAACUCAGUCUUGUGAAACAAUAGUAACGCUCUGAAUUAUGAAAGAUGUAUUGAAAUUUAAUCAAUAAAUAUAUUUACAUAA